AUGAGCAAGACGAUAGCUACUACUACAACCACCAAGAGCAACGACGCUUCAUUGGAUUCCGCAAUGCCGAUACCAAACCCACAGACGGACAGGGUGUUGACUCCCUACAUCAAGCUCUUGCUACCGACACCACCGCAGCUCCAGCCAUCGGAUCUCUCGUCAGUCAUCCGGCUAAUUUUCCAGAGCCGCGCCCUGGAGGUGCAGAUUGCCUCGUUUCUUUCGCUUUUACGCGCCCGCGGCUUGGACCAGGACUCGCUGUUCAUCGCCGCGGCCGUGGACGCCGUGUUGGAGUUUGCCGAGACUAUUCAGGGCCACUUGGUGGACGAGCGUGGCUACAUUGACAUUGUCGGCACGGGCGGCGAUGGACAAAACACAUUCAAUGUCUCUACUUCUUCGGCGAUUGUUGCUGCUGGGAUGGGGUUGCCCGUGUGCAAGCAUGGAGGCAAGGCCAGCACGUCGACUUCGGGCUCGGGCGACUUGCUCAAGCUGUUGGGGGUCGAAUUGUCUCGCAUCAACGUGGUGACGUUGCCUGAUAUUGUGCAGCGGCUGAAGUUUUGCUACUUGUUUGCUCCGAGUUUCCAUCCGGGGAUGGGGAUCGUGGCUAAUGUCAGGGCCCAGUUGGGCAUACCUACCAUAUUCAACAUCUUGGGCCCCUUGAUCAACCCCAUCCCGAUCCAGUCUAGGAUCUUGGGGGUUUACAGCGAGAAGUUGGGCGAGAGUUAUGCUCGUGCAGCGUCGAUCUUGGCUCGCAAGUCUCAUAUCCACAAGCGCACCAUGGUUGUGUUUGGCGAGUGUGUCUUGGACGAGAUUGCUCCGCUGGGAUACACCAAGAUCUGGAUGGUUGAAGAAGACGGAGAGAUUAAAGCUGAUCGCAUCUGCCCCAAGGAUUUCGGGUUGGGUGAACACGAGUUGGAUGCGGUUAGAUCAGGCUCGCCUGACCAGAAUGCAGAGUGGUUGGGCCAUAUUUUGAGGCAGGACAAGGACGAGUUUAAGAUUGUCGAAGGAAGGACGAACCACCCUAUUGUGGAUUACAUCUUGUUGAAUACGGCGGCGUUGGCUUUUGUUGCGGGUCUCUCGCGGGACUGGGCCGGCGGGGUUGAGUUGGCGAAGGAGUCGAUCAAGUCGGGCAAGGCGUUGGAGGCUUUGCAGGAUUUGAAAGAUGCCAUUGCUUGA